AUGAGUCAAAACUGUACACAGAAUCACAGUAGAGCCCUCGAGGGUGUUCAUGGGGUCCAAGUGGUGCCUCAUUCACCGUUUUCUCUGAUCGAAACUAAUCAAAGUGGGGAUCUUCAUCCAUCAACUGGUGGCACUUCAACUACCAGAGAAAAUCAGUUGCUGAUAAUGCAACGUGCAUGGCAACAAAGACCGGCAUGCUUGAGACCUAUCCAUUGUAGUAUCAGUUGUCAUGGUGAUCAGCAUGUUGCUGAAACAAUUGCUAAUGUGCUUACUUCAAUUCCUUUUAUAGCUCUCGGAAUGACUGCCCCCAGGAAGAAUCUCAGUUCUAAAAUGUAUGCCAAUUCGUUAAUUGGAGUUGGAGUGGCCUCAAGCAUGUACCAUUGCUCAAGAGGAAAACUGAGGAAAUUUAUGAGAUGGGUUGAUUAUACAAUGAUAGCUACUACAACUGUUUGUCUGUCAAGGGCCCUCAGAAACGAGAACCCAAAGUUGCUGAUGGCGGCAUCUGCAGCAUUUCUUCCCGUUAAUCCAUUAAUGGUUACAGUUAUUCAUACUGGGAUGAUGGAGGUAGCAUUUGCUAAAAGGGCUUUGAAGGAUCCCAACUUGAGAAUGGCUCACACAGUGCACAAAAUGUCAUCAUUAAUGGGUGGUAUACUGUUUAUAGCCGAUGAUUUAUACCCUAAAACUCCAUACCUUCAUGCUGCAUGGCAUCUUGCUGCUGCUGUUGGUGUAGGCACCUGCAAUAAGCUUCUUGAGUAG